AGGAAAAAAGGAUUGUUGCACAAGGCGGUGCCGGUAAAUCUGCGGGCCAAUAAAAAUUGGCCCAAGUCCGUACGUAGCUGGCAAAACUUGCGAGGCAGGUUUCGGCUUGUUUCCUUAACACAUUCAUUCCUUCUUCACUUUUCACUCCUCACUCUUCACUCGAUCUUUACCCUUCUCCGUUCAAAUUUUCAUGGGGUGGAUCAAACGGCGCGUUCUUGGCAGGGGAACGUACGGCACGGUGUUUUUGGCCGAACCCACAGACCCCACGGCUCCACCCAUCGCCGUUAAGACGUGUCCUCUUGCGAAGUCCUUCUCCCUCCGGUUGGAGGAAAGAGUGUUGGCGCAACUGCGCGGUUGUCCGGAGAUUGUUUCCUGCCUUGGGAGUACACUCACCUUCGAAGACGAUAACGGACCCAAUUAUAAUCUGCUUCUUGAAUAUGCUGCGGGAGGUACGCUUGAAGAUUUGAUCAAGAAAGAUUCGGGUUUGGGCGAGUGGGAUAUUCGCCGCUACGUGCGUAUGAUCCUCCGGGGUCUCUGUUCUGUGCAUGAAAUGGGUAUGGUUCACUGUGAUCUCAAACCCAGUAAUAUCUUGGUCUUUCCUGGUGAAGGAGAGCUAAAUGAUGAUCGGCUUAAGAUCGCCGACUUUGGGCUUGUCAAGGAAGUUCGACACUAUAAUGAAGACAUGGGAUUUUUGAGGUUUAAUUUUCGGGGCACCCCUUUCUACAUGUCGCCGGAGUCAGUUGCUCAUGGUGAGAUUGGGGCACCGUUAGACAUAUGGUCGCUCGGUUGCAUUCUGGUUGAGAUGGUUACUGGGAAGCCUGCUCUGUGGAAGUAUCGGAAUCUGACCGCCCUGAAACUUCGGCUUGCGGUUGUCCAACAAUCGCCUGGAAUACCUGAAGGGCUCUCCGAGGAUGGGAAGGACUUCUUGAGAAAGUGUUUUGCAAUAGACCCCAGUGAGAGGUGGACGGCCGAGAUGCUUCUGAAUCAUCCUUUUGUUUCUAAGCCUGUGUAUGGGACGACUCCUGACCCACCGGUAUCUCCGAAAAGCCCUUGGGAUUUCAGUCCAUCGUCCUUGAACCAUUCCUUGGGCCUGCGUCCGCCGGGUUGGUGCUCCUUUACGCCUAGUGAUCAGAAUUCAGAGCAAUCGCAGGCUCCAUCUGCUUCCUUGCCUCCGCCGGGUUGGUGCUCAUUUACACCUAGUGAUCAGAAUUCAGAGCAAUCGCUGGGUCCAUCUGCUUCCUUACCUCCGCCGGGUUGGUGCUCCUUUACGCCUUGUGAUCAGAAUUCAGAGCAAUCGCUAGACCCAUCUGCUUCCUUGCCACCGCCUGGCUGGUGUUCGUUCUCCUCGACAGAUUCGGCGUCAUCCUCCUGUGGCUCUCCUCAGUUGCAUCAGUUUGGAGGCAGCAGUGCCGUAAUGUAUUUUCUGGGUAUGGCAGAGGACAGCAAGUAUUUUGUUGGUUAAGUCUAGUCUUUGGUUUAUUGCUCUCUAAAAUGUAUAUUAAAUAAUUGAGAGAGACAAAUAUAUAAAUGUGUUUCAUCAAUUA